AUGAAUAAUGAUAAUGACGAGAAGAAGUUUCGAAAAAAGAUAUCCAAACCCUCAUUCAAAUAUGCCAGACAAUUAUCCAAUACUCUCAUUGGUGCUCAUAUGGGUCAGGCAUCUGUAGUUCUUAAUAAACCAAUUAUUGUUGGUGCGUCAGUCUUGGGACUUAGUAAGUUACUAAUGUAUCGAUUCUGGUAUGGAUAUGUAAAAGAAAAAUAUGGUGAUAAGGCUAAGCUCGGAUAUAUGGAUACCGAUGGAAUGAUAUUUCAAACCGAGACUGAAGAUAUCUAUAAAGAUAUGGCAGAAAGACCUGAUAUUUUCGAUCUUGAUGAUUCCAAGACUAUUGGUCUAUUCAAGGAUGAAUGUCCAGGUAAAAUAAUAACUGAAUCGAUUCAUAUCCGAGCCAAAACCUAUCAUUAUGUUAUAUCAGAUGGAAGUACUAGAUCGAAACAUAAAGGAGUUAGUAAUGGAGGUAUGGAAAUAAUGGCUAAAAAUAUAUAUCCUGAUAAUACUUCUCCUAUGACCCAAGUAUAUCGAGAUUGUCUCUUUGAAAAUAAAGUAUUCCAUGCAAAGAAUAUAGGAUUUCGAUCUAAGAGCCAUGUAUUAUCAUUGGUCGAAUCUGAGAACAAGGCCCUCUGCCCGCUUAACUCAAAGAAUUGGGUACUUUCAGAUAAAAUUACACCUUGGGCAUAUGACCAUUGGAGAAUUGAUGCAUAUAAAAAUAUGAUUAAAGCAGGUAUGUCUCCUGAGUUAGCCGAAAAAAGAGCAAUAAUAGCUCAGCAUCAUCCGACAUUAGAAAACAAGUAUAUGGUAAAUCCAAAGUUACUUAUUUAG